GUAAAAUCAUUAACCACUUCCCGACCGGCUGUUGCAUAUAAACGGCUGGACGGUGGCACUGCAGGGUCGGGUGGGCGUUUAUUAACGGCCUACCCGAACCCUGCUUUGCCCGCUGUGUCCUCCGGACACAGUGAAACGCCGAUAGUCGGACAGGACCUCUGUACGAGGUCCCGAUCAUGUGAUCACUGAUUGGCCAAUCAGUGAUCAUAUGCAAAAUAGUAAGCAAGAUGUCACUUCUGACAUCAUUGCUUACUACGUGUGAAAUCUGUGAAUGAUCACAGAGGUCACAUGGUACAAGGC